AUGGCCAAUGAUCGUGGUCUCAACUAUCAUGGUAACCCAAACGCAUCCUGUGGUCUACUGCUACUAGCUGCUAACACCAGUACCGGUGCCGUCCGCAACGAGGCCAGCCCUGAGCCUGACGACAACGCGUUCACUACGCCCACCAACCGUCGCAUGGCCAAGUCCAGUCCCACUGGCUCGCCUCUCUCGUUCAGUGGCUCACGCCUGACGCGCCUUCUCCCCGACUCACAGCGCACGCCUUCUCCUAUAGCACCCCUUGGCCGCGAGCCACCCGCUGCCAUGACCAUGUCCGCAAGCCCGAUCCGCAUGUUCAAUCGCCCUAAGGGCAAGGGCAAAUCGGUCGAAGAGCAGUACGUUCUGCCCAGUCCUCCCGGCUCUAACAUCACGGUCCCCAAGCGAGACAGUUCCAGGAAGCGCUCGAACAAGUGGGCCGUCGACAGCGCUGACGACGAUGCCGCCAAGCGAAAGCUCUCAAACCCGAACGCGAUCGCUGUCGUCACUGGUCGAAAGAUCUACAAACCUCGCCAGAAGCCUGUCUCAGAGCGCCCCAUCCUCAGGAUGCGCGGCGACAGGGAGCAGAGGUACCUGUGA